CAACGCUAAAUAUAUUUGCUUCUCAAAAACUGGGAAUAAACAUUUCUCUGUAUGCUAAGACGUGCAAUUAACGUGAUCAAGGUUCAACACAAAUUCAAAUUAAAGGCAAACUGUCAAAUGUUAAAAUUUAAGUUAUUCAAAAAAUGAUAAACCUAUCUCCAAGAUACCAAUUGCUGAUAAGGGUACAGUAGUGGACUGCAAACAAAUGCAAAAAAAAAUGUGAACAGUAUCGAUCGCAGUUUCCUUGUUGAUUAUCGCAAUUCCGUAUCGCUCGCCGUUUGCUCUUCCUUAUUAUGAACGCGUUGUUGCGUUUGUUUGUUUUUUUUUUUGAUCCACUCGGUAUAGGUCGAAAAGUUUUCGUACGCCCAACAGUAAGAUUUGCUUUAAAGAUUUAUGACAAAUUUAAAGUAAAAGCCGAUGAGAAAGUAAAUACAGUGCGAGAGCUAAUUUUACGUUUAGGUCUUAUAGCAUUCGCUGUUGUCUUAAUAAUAUGGACAGCCGUAUUUAUGUAUGUGGCAUUCUAUUAUGCUUACAUGCCUCCGAUCUCUCAUACACGCCCCGUGUACAUGCAGUUCAAGACAUGUAUAGACACAAGUACACCAUGCACAUUCCCUCAUGCACACGUUUCGCUAACUAAGAAGCAACAAUUGUUGAUGGUGGGGCAAGCGUAUCGUGUACUUAUUAACAUUGAUAUGCCCGAAUCUCCGCAAAAUCUCGAUUUGGGCAUGUUUAUGGUAUGUGCCGAAGUGCGUGACUUUGAAUCGAUGCUACGAGGUCAUUCCUGUCGUUCAGCUAUGUUAAGAUAUCGUUCUCCACUUAUACGCACCAUUUCUACUUGGGCACUAAGUCCACUGUUUGUGCUGGGUCUAAAAGAAGAAUAUCAACAAGUAUCAGUUGAGAUAUUUCCACAAUAUCUAGAGCAGCAUCAACAUCCAAUUACUGACGUCUACGUGGAAAUACAAUCCCAGAAAAUAGAAUUCUACGCAGUGUCUCUCCAUAUUAUAGCAGACUUCGCGGGCAUCCGCUAUAUAAUGUACAAUUGGCCUAUCUUCUCAGCUAUUAUCGCCAUUAGCACAAACUUAUUUUUCAUAUUGAUGAUAUUUCUGCUUAGUUGGUAUCAUUGGUCAGAUGCCAGAUGGUUGCGGAGCUUGCAACUCAAAUAUAAUGGGAUCACCGCUACUUUACAGCACUCUGCCAGCAAAGCUUUGUUAUCAUCGAAAAGUGUAAGUUUGCAGGAUGAAGAAGAACUUGGCUUUCCCGACGACGACAAGUCGCAUAUAUCAGAUAUCGAUGAAUAUAACGAUAAAGAAGAAGAAAAGGAGACAUUCUUAGGCCGAAAAGAUAUAUCUAAAGAGUCAUUUUGAGAUCACCAAUAAAAUCCUUAACUAGCAACUGAAGAUUACAGAGUUCAAGAAGAAAAAAAGAGUGCAAACAUGUAUAAGUAAUCUAGAAAUAACUUAAAUAACUAUAAAACAAAUAUUUACGCACAAAUGAUAAUUUAUAUAAAAUUUUCUUUUCACCAUCAGUUGCGUUAUCAAACUAACCAUCGAGUUAGCAAAUGUCUUAUAGAAACAUUUAUUAGCA